GCACCUUCAUUUGUUUAGGCCACACUGGAGGAAGCUCCUCUCUCUACUUCCCUCUUCUCAGUGCCUCCUUGGCCUGGAACUGGAUCUCGGGGUGAUAGGGCAGUUUAAGCACACCAACCCUCCAUGGAUCUGCCUUACUACCAUGGCUGCCUGAGCAAGCGAGAGUGUGAAGCCUUGCUCCUCAAGGGAGGGAAGGACGGCAACUUUCUGAUAAGAGACAGCGAGUCUGUGCCAGGAGCCCUGUGCCUGUGUGUCUCGUUUAAAAAGCUUGUCUACAGCUACCGAAUCUUCAGAGAGAAACAUGGAUAUUAUAGGAUACAGACUGAGGCUGAUACUCCAAGGAAGAUCUUUCCAAACCUAAAGGAAUUAGUCUCCAAAUACGAAAAACCAGGUCAAGGACUGGUGGUUCACCUUUCAAACCCAAUAAUGAGAAGCAACCUGUGCCCAAGAGGGAGAAGAUUGGAGAUAGAGCUGAAUGUUUAUGAGAACACUGAUGAGGAGUACGUGGACGUCUUGCCUUAAAGACAAAGACAUUGGGCAAAGCUCUAGAGAAGAGAUGGCUCUGCUCUCAGCUGUCACAUCUGCAAGUGUGAAUCUAAUGCCAGUUUCUAGUGGGCCCUGAGACCCUCUGAUUCAGAUGGCAAGAUCUGUUCUGCAGCCUUGGAGGAGUCAUUUCCCACACGCCUGCCUUCUGGCACACUCCUCAAGGGUUCCAAAGCCACUACUUACCUCUGACUCGCCUGCCUUGAAAUUGGACAGCCAUCACCCAGUCUCCUGUCUGCUCAGAGGCAGCUCCCCUGCUUCAUGGUUGACAACUUCCAAUAAGACAAUGGGAAAUGAAGCUUCAUGCAGCAGAAAGAGUACUCAACAGUGAAGUCAGAGUUCCCGUGGCUCUAUGACUUUGGACAAGUCACCCCCUCGUUCUUAGCCUCUUCAUCUAUUAAACGAGUGGUUUAGUGGUUGAUAUGCAUUACCUGGACUCUUCAUUGAACCUGGUUGUGUCAGGUGGAGCAGGGGUCUGAGAAGCAGGAUCAGGAUCUAAGGAUACCGAAGAAGCAAACAUGUCCUCCCCACCUGUGAGGUUGUGGUUUUGAUGGAGGUUGUGACCUAACCUGUAACUGAAGGCUUUUUCACCCAUGCCACAGUUCCCGAGUAAUGGAAUGACUCCUUGGCUUGCUAUUUAUGAAGUUAAAUGCCUAAGCUUUGAGCUAGAAUUCUUACAUAGAUUGUAACUUAGUUAACGCAUGUAUACCAUUCUGUGCCUGUCACAUGCCUGGUUACCUCUCCUCAGUGUCAUACCUUUGACUUCCUCCCAGACUUGGUGGUAGUGAAUCUUCCCUUGCCUGAUUAUUUCCCAGAGUUCCUCUCUUUCUCUGAUGAAUUUCCUUCCUUCAAAUCCUACCUUAGUUUAUUGACCAUCAGAUUUUUAUUGACAGGUGAUGCUUCCACACAGUACACGAGAUUAUCCCUAUGCUCCCAUGCUCCCCUUCGCUUCACCUUGGGCUAGUCUUCUGUCUCUUCUUUCUAAGGCUUACUUUCUGUCCAACAUUCCUCUGGCCACACCUUCCCCUAAUUUUUCUGAAUUUGACAUCCACAGCCAUCACUUUGAUAGCUCUGCCUUCUGGUAAACAUGAUUAAAAAUAUUUAUUUUUAUAAAUUUUUUGGUUAGCUUAUAAAGAAAUGGGUGUCACUCUAACCUUUUUAUACCUAUAAAUCAUUAUACUCCGGGGUUUUUGUUUGCUUGCUUGUUAUUGUUUCUCUUAUUGUUAUUUUGUUAUUGCUAUUAUUUUAGACAGAAUCUCAGUCUAGCCCAAGCUAGCCUCAAACUGGAGGCAAUCUUUCUGCCUUGAGCCCCUAAGUGCUGGGUUUACAGGCAUAAGUGGCCACAUGUGGCCAAUCCUUUCUUCUUUCUUGACCUUCCCUUGACCUGCCCCAUCAUCCCACCUUGCUGUGACCCUCCUGUCCCCAGAGACCCUCCUCUGCCUAUAUCCCUGCCUUUUCUGUUCCUCCUUCUGCAUUUGGGCUCUUCCUCCUGACUCAUAUUCCUGUUUCUAAGCCCUGAUGUCCUCCAUAUGUAUGUAUUUGCACAUAUUAAUUUAAAUCUAGAUUUUGCAUAUAAGAAAAAUGUGGCUUGUUCUUCUGAACCUGACAAAUUUCACUUAACAGGAUGAUCUCCAUGCCUGUCCAUCUUUCUGUGUGAAUGCUCUAAGUUCAUUACAUAUGUGUACCAAUGUGUGUCUAUUUUAAAGAUGUUCUCAUGUGGUUGUCUCUAUUCCUGCCUAGGUUCUAAGAGCCAUCAGAGCAUGGCUGUGCCCAGCUUAUGGAAACAGAUGAUACAUAGAAAUAUACACUCCAUGAUCAUAGGAAUUAAGGACUGAAAGCAUUUUUCUGAAAGAUUGGUUGAGUUCACUUUAAGGCACCUUGAUUUUUUUUUUUUUUUUGCUAGUUCAAAAUAUUAAACUAAAGUCUGAAUGGACAUGUAACUCAAUGGUAGAGAACUUGCUUAGCAUGUGCAAAGGCCCCAGGGUCCAAUCAUGAACAUAUGUAACAUAAACAAAGAAAACAAAGAAAGGUAAUUAAGCCCUAGUUAGAACCCAAGUUUGUUACUAUACAUCUGAAAUCCUAACUACCAAGGAGGAUUAAGUGUUCAGCCUGGGCAGCUCUGUCAAAUCUUGGCUAUCCAAAAUGAGUGAUCAUAUGUCCAUUGACCUAUCCAUUGGUGAAUGAAAAUGAAGACACGACUGCCUCAAGGUAAUUGGUACAGGGAAAAUUUUAUUGUAGACACAAAGGAGAGAAAUGCCAGUGUCAUCUGGAAGGGUCCAGGCUGAACCAGGACAUCAGAAUGAAUCGGGUUGUUGUGAUAGGGAGAUGAUACAUAGAAAUAUACACUCCAUGAUCAUAGGAAUUAAGGACUGAAAGCAUUUUUCUGAAAGAUUGGUUGAGUUCACUUUAAGGCACCUUGAUUUUUUUUUUUGCUAGUUCAAAAUAUUAAACUAAAGUCUGAAUGGACAUGUAACUCAAUGGUAGAGAACUUGCUUAGCAUGUGCAAAGGCUAAGGGAGGAUCAAGUGAGUAAGAGAAGAGAGAGGGAAUAAGGAGACUACGUGGGAACCAAAAGGCCAAGAGAGGAAGUAGGAACCUCAAGAGCCUGUAGCCAAAUGGCUGAGUUUACAUAGAAAGGAGAAGAGACAGAAGCCAGCCCCUUGGCUGGGAAGCAGGGAGAAUCGGAAAUGGUAGAGGAACCACAGGUACUGAGUCUCUUCCAUUGAGACACAGCAAUAUCCCUUCAUAAGAAUAAUAAUCAAGCAACCCAGUUAGCACAGAGAAUACAUGUUCUGUACAUUUUAUUUUCAAACUGUCUUGGUCCAUUUUGAAGAGAGGAACUCCAGACUUCCAGGUAAUAAAAAACUGAUUUUGCUACCCAUUUCCCCAAGAAGGGAACAACUGUUGAAUUGAGUCCCAGGAAUCCCUUCACUACUACCAAGUAGAGAGGCAGCAAAAUGAACACAGCCAUGUUCAGGGAGCUGGGGUGCGGGGGUGGGGUGGGUGUCUUCAGUAAAAGAUGCACACAAAGCAGGAAGCAAGGCUCUCCUCUUCAGUCCCUUCAGUCUUUCAUUCUGUGGUACCAACAAGUUUCUGGAGCCUGCAGUAAUCCUUUGCUAGGGAAUAUAUUGUAUGAAUAUUCCGAGUAAAUGAAUGAUUGGGUAGGUCUAUAAAGACAUGAUCACUCAUUUUGGAUAGCCAAGAUUUGACAGUGCUUUCCACAAUUCAAAUCCAGUCUUACUCAGUAGUUCAAGAUGAAUUUGACCUCAUCAAAAUCCUCCUGCCUCUGUCUCCCAAGUGCUGAGAUUUUAGGCACAUGCCACCUGCUAGAAGCAAUUCCCUCUCCGUUUCUCAUGUUAAGGGUUACGUGAUGCUUGAUCCCAGCGACUUUUGCUGCACUUGUCAGACAGUCAAAACCAAUGCUUGAUGUCGACUUGCUGGAAUCCCUGAUAUUUUUUGAAAGAUGUUGAAUAGACCAUACUUUAAGCAACUGGAAACUUUAAGUCACUGGAAGAGUAAAGACCACAUUAAUAUUAUUAACAAUAUAAUUAUAACAUAAUUAUAUUUAAAUUAUAUAUAAGUAUGAUAUAAUUAUAUUACUAUAUUAUUAUCUAAUUAUUAUAAUUAAUAGCCAUUGCAUGUGUUUGAAGUGCUUUUCUGUGAAGGAUGUGUCUCUGAGUAUAAUGCCAAUUAGUAUAGUUGCAGAACUCAGACCAAUGGCUGGGAGUUUGAGCAGAGCAGUUUUAUCCAAAGAUAAAAAAGACGGCUGGAUUUCUAGAGCUGUCCCACAGCCCAGCUCAGUCCUGCGGAAUGGUCCAGGUGGGAGGAGAUAUAUUUUCCAACUCAUCCCUCCCCAAUCUCUCGUGAUCACAAUGGAAAGUGUCCUCUCUCUCUUUCCCUCCCUCUUUUCUUUUUUCUCUUCUUCCUCCCUCAAUGUCCUCUUUGUAAUUAGGUAUGAAAGACUGAGUUUAUCCUUUAAUUUUUAAUUUACUAUCUGCAUCAGUAUAUAAAAAGUAUUUUUGUUUAUUUCAUAAUUUUACUUCUUCCCAUUCCUAAUUUGUAGUGUUCACGUCCCUCCAUGGGAGCCACUUCUAUAUUUUUGAUAGAAGGCAUUAAAUGUGGAUGUAGACUACACAGUACUGACUGUAGACAGGUUAUGACAGUAUUCCUUCAAUUUUGUUAUCACUUUGGUUCCAGAAAUACUGUAUGGUUGAUUCCGCAGCUUUGAGUGUACGUCUUGUUCAGUGCCUAUAUCUGACAUGCCAUGUUCCACAGUGUGUCAGGCACAUUUUUUUUUUUUUUUU